CGGGGGUUCAUUAAUAUCAUUAGCAUUUAACCCCCUCCCUGCCCCCUCCCCUUCCCAGCGCGGGGUGACGUCACGCGGCGGCAGGAGUUGGGGGGAACGCGAGGGAAGCUCAGUGGGCAAGGGGCGUCCCUCUCCCCUCCCCGCCGCUGCCUGUCACAGCCUCUCUGCCGAUAUUAUAGGGGCCGAAGCCUGGAGCUCAAAGCGCGAAGUCAGCCAGUGUAAUGAACUUCUGGAAACCUUUCCCUUUUUAUACCAUUCAGUUUCUGAGAGGCAGAGACUGCCUCCUCUGACGCCUUUUCCCCCUUUCCAUUAUUUUUCCAGGCUCUGAUCUCCCUGCUCGCUGCACCGAGGCGCUCGGCGCAGAGCCCCGCUCCCUAUCCUACCUUCUCCUUCGUCUCAUUGUUGUCCUGGCUGCUGUGGCUCUCGCUUGCCUUCCAGGAGUGCGGUGGCGAGUACAGUCGCACCCCCAGCACCCUCCCAGGGUCCCGAGAGCAUCUACUCGCAGAGGGGCAGCCAGGGGCCUCCGACUUUGGGUCACUUCGUUGUUUUUUUUCUUUUUUCCUUCUUCUUUUUUUUUUUUUUUCAUUUUGCUCCACUUUUUUUUUUUUUUCUUUUCCCCCCUUUCCGCGUCCCCGUAGCUUGCCCCCGUCCCUCGGGAGGACAUCGCUGGGGGAGCGGGGCUGCGGCGAGGAUGUGCCGGGCCCCGCGGCGGAGCCAGCAGUGAGCACCCAAGGGAGGCACCUGCCCCGCGGAGCAGGGGGGCCCCCAGGGGGGCCGCACCGCCUCGCCCCGGCGCCGACACUUCGCCCCGAGUUUAACGACUCACGGGGGCUUCGAGCAUGAGCAAGCCGGCGGGAUCAACAAGUCGCAUUUUAGACAUCCCUUGCAAAGUGUGUGGGGACCGCAGCUCCGGGAAGCACUAUGGGGUUUAUGCCUGCGAUGGGUGCUCGGGAUUUUUCAAGCGGAGCAUCAGGAGGAAUAGGACUUAUGUUUGCAAAUCAGGAAAUCAGGGAGGUUGCCCGGUGGACAAGACGCACAGGAACCAGUGCCGAGCCUGCCGGCUGAAGAAGUGCUUGGAGGUCAACAUGAACAAAGAUGCGGUGCAGCACGAGCGGGGUCCCCGGACGUCGACGAUACGGAAGCAGGUGGCCCUCUACUUCCGCGGGCACAAGGAGGAGAGCGGCGGAGCCCCGCACUUCCCCGCUGCCGCCCUGCCGGCACCCGCGUUCUUCACCGCCGUCUCCCAGCUGGAGCCCCAUGGCCUGGAGCUGGCCGCUGUCACUGGCACCCCGGAGAGACAAGCUCUCGUGGGCCUGGCACAGCCCACCCCAAAGUACCCACAUGAAGUCAACGGUACCCCUAUGUAUCUCUAUGAAGUGGCCACUGAAUCCGUCUGCGAGUCAGCAGCCAGACUUCUGUUCAUGAGCAUCAAGUGGGCCAAAAGUGUCCCAGCCUUCUCCACCUUGUCCUUGCAAGACCAGCUGAUGCUUUUGGAAGAUGCUUGGAGAGAACUGUUUGUUCUAGGAAUAGCACAAUGGGCCAUUCCAGUUGAUGCUAACACUCUACUGGCUGUAUCUGGCAUGAACGGUGACAAUACAGAUUCUCAGAAGCUGAAUAAAAUUAUUUCAGAAAUACAGGCUUUACAGGAGGUUGUGGCUAGAUUUAGACAACUUCGGCUAGAUGCUACUGAAUUUGCCUGUCUCAAAUGCAUUGUCACUUUUAAAGCUGUGCCCACACACAGUGGUUCUGAACUGAGGAGUUUCCGAAAUGCGGCCGCCAUAGCAGCCCUACAAGACGAAGCCCAGCUCACCCUGAACAGCUACAUUCAUACCAGGUAUCCCACACAACCCUGUCGUUUCGGAAAACUUCUAUUGCUCUUACCAGCUUUACGUUCAAUUAGUCCAUCUACAAUAGAAGAAGUGUUUUUCAAAAAGACCAUUGGGAAUGUACCAAUUACAAGACUGCUUUCAGAUAUGUACAAAUCCAGUGACAUAUAAAUUACCUUAAAAUAAACAAUCAGGAUGGACAGUUUGAGAAGAACUUCUAUCUAUGGAGAAUAAGCCUCAACUAACAAAAUCUACAGGAAGCAUAAGCCUGGGAAUGUUUAGUCCUUAAACUCAUUGACAAAAAAUACCCCAGUAGAUAUGAUUCUGCUGCUCUGAACAGAGUGAUUUAGAUCAUGGAGAGAAUGCUUUGUUCUACAGAAAAAGUGAAAGUGGUUGGAAUUUGGCUGCUAUUCCUGUUACUACAGGAUGGAGGCAAUUCAGAUGCCAGUCAUAGUUAACAAAGACUCUGCUAUUCUCUCAUUUAACUGGCAGAUCUGAGACAAAAUGUGAAAGAAGGUACUUUAGUUUGUUCAGUAUUUGGAACCGGGUGACCAAACUUGGCUUCUGUUGUAACACAAGAUGUGGUGGCCUUCAGAAUUGUUUUAAAAGUAGCCUAUGUUGGGAAAGUGUUUUUAAUACGAUAGGCAACAUUUGAGACCAAGUUACCAAAACAUUGCUUCUGCUAUAAUACAUCAUGAAGUGGCCUUCAGAACUGAUUAAAAGGUAGCUUAUGACGGCAGCUCCAUUCUUCCUACAAAAUGAACUGGUGAUCUUUGAUGCGGAUGUCACCACAAUUUGUUCGGUUAACAUCUCAAAGACAGAAAAGCUUUAUACAUUUCCUCCCCGACCUUCCCUCCUUCUUCUUCCACACACACACAGACAUACAUUCACACACACACACACACACCUGAAAAGAGACAACACAAGAAAGGAAGACUAAAACAGCAAAACCAAAUACAAAGGAGAUGACCGCUUCAGUGACCUGCUGGCUGUCCCGUUGGCACAGUGCUGAAACCAAAGGCAACGGUGGCCAAACUCUUUGUCAAUGAGAUGUGCAGAGAAAUGAAAUGACUAUUAAAAAAUCAAUGGAAGGAAUUUUAUUUCAAAGAAAUAAAGGUUGUUGACUGAUACAAUGCUAACAAUUUCCAAAAGUCUCCAAUGCCUUUUUAGGAAACUCCAGGUUCUAAUUUUGAAGCCUUGUUCAUCUACACCCUCUCACACACAAAAACAUUACAAGCUGCUUAUUUGAUGUAUGAAAAAUGUAGAAAAAAAACCAUUUAAAGAUAGCUGCUGUACUUUUCAAAAUUUGAUUUGUUAUUAGGAACUAGCACUGAGAAAGAUCAGCACUUGGACUAUCAUAGAAUGAGUAAAACUUUUCCUGUACAAAGUGGAUUAACCGAUUUGUGAAGUAAAAAAGUUGUACUCAUUGUAUUUACAAAGAAUAAAAAUAUAUUGAAUUUAAAUUA